AAGAUUAGGGAGGGUCAGGUUCUGUAGACAGGAGCAAGGCGUAAGUCUUUCGUAGUUGUAUGGGGAAACAUGGCGUAAGUGCUGUAACAAGGUGAGUUAUCGGCCUAAGAGAGAAUUUUAGCCCGUGGGUUAAAAUGGUCGCAAAACGGAACGUAUUAGUUUUUGGAAGGGCAUACAAAAAAAAUCGAUACCCGGCGGGAGUUCUGCUUCAAGUUUUAAUCGCAACAGCAAUAGUUAUGCUUGAAAAGAAAGUAAGAAAAUUCGAGUGAGUUUUUAUUCCAACAAAGGGAUCAGAAGGCAUAACGCCUCUAAUGAUAUAAGAUGGCGCGUUAGAGAUUCAGAGCCAAUACUGAUUAUACUCAGCACUUUCAAGCUAACUGACAAAUAAAGAAAAUUGUAGCGUUACUCUCGUUCCUGAUUCUGAUUGAGUCAUUGAUAUAACUUUUUUAAGAAGUUAGUGAAAGGUCAUGAAAAACAAUAAGAACGUUAAUUUCUUGUUUGUUUUUGUCUUGUCUGUCUGUAUUGAUCUGAUGUGCCAUGUGAGUACUUAAGCGGUAAACAGAGUAGGUAAUUCUAUUGUCUGGGCGGUUGUUAUGGACUUGGUAAAAUACUAGCAGGAUUGAACUUUAUUCUUGUGCUAAGCUGCAAAUUAGUUAGGUAACAGAGAAUGUGAGGGUCUGUCAGAAGGUAAAUGCUGUCUGUGAAAAGCACUUAAAACAACCUUAGUGACGUUUGCGGAAAUGUUUCUCUUAGGAUAGAGAGAGGCGUGGUCCGCAAAAUAUAAACAGCCUGAGUGAUUUUGACGAAAAUUUCAGACGUAGUUACUAUUUCAAGCUCGACCUAAAUAAAGAGAGAAGGAAUGGACUAAGGAGAUGAACAAAAAAGGACGAAUAACUUUUAAUAAGUGAUGUAAAAAUGUCAUGACGAAUUUCAAAAUAGACCAAAAAAAAAAUUGGGAUUGAACCACGCUAUUCACAAAGCGAGGAAGUCAAUUUGCGAGAAAAAGAAAAAACAAACAAACAAAAAAAAAACCUGAGUCAUCAUGAGUGGCCAUGAGUAUGCUAUAAAACGUUCAUUAAAUACUUUUGAGGGAAAACUUGUCUCAUUCGAUCUAAUGUUUAAAAAGCUAGUGACUAACAUCUAAAUCAUUCCAGUUGGAUUGUGUUGAUUACGUAUGACACUUUUUAAAAUACUGUUUAUUAUGGGUUUAAGUUCACGGUGAGAUUAUGAAGUUGAGGUUUCUACUGAGUCAGUGAUUGUUUGAUGAAGACGACAUACAAAUCAACUACCACGCAAAGACAUCGAUCGAGAGCGAGUCAGAGCGAAUAAUCCGAUUGUUUUCGUAUAAAUCUGCAUGUCGACCAGUCUUUUAGUCAAUGGGAUCGUGUUUCUAUUUCAGGUUGUUUACAAUCGCAUACUGUUAGGCUACAUACGUUACUUACUGUACAUGUCUAUUACAGAUUAUUUAGUUAGCUGAAUUAUUUACACAUUUUGAUUCAUUCUUCUAUAUGACUCAGUGGAGGACAGACGCAUAUGUAUGACGUCACCAUCCACAAUUUUGCUUCAUUAUCAUAUAAGAAAAAUAGAAAAUAUGAAAACGUCCCCCUCAGUGCUCAGUCAUAGAUCAAUGACGUCAGUGCGGUAAGAACGAGAAGGUGGCACACGAGGUGCUGCUAAAACGUAAUCUUUUUGUUAAAUAUAAAUAGCAAGUAGUUGAGCCAAUCAGAUUGCAGUAAUUGUGAUAGAACACUAGUGGAUUUAUACCAAAUUGGUUUAUUCCAGACAGAACUAGACCCAGAGGGCGAGUCAGUUUAUUUGUUCUAGAACACUCCACUGAUUAGCAAUGCGUGGGCUACACAUAGCUAGCUGGUAUAAUUCAAGCCAGAACAAAAAACAUCUCACAAAGUUGAUUUAAGUCCCAGGUUAGCACGUGAAAAACUGCUUUCACACGAUUCUUAUGGAAAAAAGUUCCCCCAGAUCGUGGAGAACUUCAGUGUUAUACCCAUACAAUACUUUAUUAAAAAUAGUCACCCGACGAAAAGUAGCGGCAAUUUACGAUGGGCAUUUCCGGUGCGUUACCACAACUUAGGAAAAAUAGUCUCCAUGAAAAAUCUUAAUUUCCAUGACGACCGAAACACAAAUUUACAAACUGUGGCAUUCAAACAUAAACACAAUUACUUAACAUUGCCGCAAGUAUCAAACAUCACGUAAUCCCUAAAUUAUUACAAACAUUUGAACAAUUGAAAAAUCAUCACGAAUCAGGGUAAUGAUUCAUUUGUAAUGAUCACAUGAGUGACUGGUGAUUGUCUGUCUUCCCGUAUAAUGCUAUAUCUAUUAGUUGAAUAUUGUGCACAAAUGGAGAGCUGGUAAAUAAUUGUGUUCUUAUCUAAAUUAAGUAAAGAACAUCUAACAUGUAUCAUUUGUUCAUGUGUCUGAUAUUGCUUUGUUGUCUCCAACUGCAUUGUUCUCCGCAUAUCAUGAAUGGUAGCGAGAAUUAUCAGAAUCAGAGAUUUCAUGAUUAAAGCGCGAGAUGGUCAAUAUCUGCUACACUUCUAUGCCAAUAUCAUUCCCGUCGUAUCCAGUUACAGUCGAGGUUAUGACUGAGUAAGUUAUGAACGUAACAACUUCUUUCUUCACAAAUUGCCUUACGCUUCUAGGUUUCCCGCGCUUUCUGUCACGUGACGCUUUUACGUCAGACAUUUUAAGCAGCAUAUUCAGUAGACAGACAGUAUUAUUCCUCGUCGUUUAGGAUAAAGUUCACAUUUUAAAGUGUUGGGCAAUAGAGAGGAGAUCCCUUCUGACCAGGUAAGUGUGUGCUUCACUUUUAAGUAGUAAAAUCAUCUAAAUUCGGUAUUCCUCACUUAUUUUGCGAAAACAAACGCCGUUUAGAGGUUAAAAACGUGUUUUUUAUAUACUGUAAAUGCCAAUUCUUUUUAAAGCACGCUCACAUCGAGUUAAGAACGUUCAGGAAAGCAAAAUUUUUGCCGAUAAGAAAUCACUUACAGAAGCCGGAUGUCAGGUAAUUUAACAACAAUAUUUGCCGGACGUUUUACAGCAUCAGAGCAAUUCUCCUUUGCAAUGUUUUCAUCUUUUCAGUUCAAUUGUAUACUACCUUUGUCCUUCGGUUCAUGACACAGGUACAACUUAAGUCUUUCACCGACGUAGAACAAACAAAGGUAAGAACGAAAGCAAAUUUUUCCCGUCUUUGUUCCGGAAAGAUUAUGUUUGUUGAUCGACUGGAUUUUCGUCGUCAUUGUCUCACCGAAGUCGGACUACUAUAUUUUUUAUAUUUUUAGUGACAGGGUUUUUAGGCUUCGUUGCGCUAAGAGCGUAAGAGCUACUAAGCUUUUUUCUUUUUAAAAUUAUACAAAAAUAAUAAAAGUACCACGAACAUUUUUACAUAAAUGCGCGAGAAAGUUAAAAUGGGGAAAGCAUAAGAAAAUGGGUUUAACGCAGUUGUCAAUUUGAAGUGUUGCAAUGACACGAGCGUGAAUAACUCACUACAAAAUUCUUCUUUGGAUCUCGAUUGGCCUUUACAAUUUUUUCAGUUUGUAAACAUAAAAGGUGGAACAAUUUAGUAUUGCGCCGAUAUAGUCUGAGGCGUUUUCACUUCUUGUUUUUUUGUGUGUUAUUUAAAUUGAAUAUUGCAAGGGAGUUUACGACGAGCGUUUUAAUGACUGCACUGUUCAAUGAACUGUCUGAUUAAUCUAGGUUCCACGAGUGCCGUUGUUCCGAAAAUAACGUCGGUGUAUUUCAAAAGUGAAUACAGAGCCGAUCUAUCCCUCUCAGACAUUCUCCUUAAAAAGAGGAGGGUGUUUGUAUACAUACAGGCGGUAAGAUAUAUCAAACGAACAGCGAUGUUAGUUUAUGGCGCUUUUCCGAUAUGAAUAUCAAUGCAGAAUAAUGAUGCAAAAGAAAAUGAUAAGAAUUCGCGACACGAACAAUACAACUGAUAAAUGAAUAAACACAUUAUUUAUAGAUUUAUAAGACUGCAUGAAUCUAGAAUCAUGGACACGAAAAAUGAAUAAUCUAGAUUCAUAAUGUAGGAAAAUAACUCACGAUACAAAUGCUAAAGGCCGGAACAUAAGGACUAAUUGACCUUUUCCUAAAUGGAUAUUUAUACGAGAGGCUCACCUCAAGAUACACUAAAGAAGUGGGCUAAUACUACUGAGAACUUGACAACUUUGGAUUCUGUGAAAAUUGUUGAUCGUGUGUUCGUCGAAAAUCGAUACAGAGAAGCAGAUUCUCUUACCUUAGUCGAAAAUAACCCGACUGCAGCUCAGAAUAUUUUGAGGUUAAUUCAUUUCAGCCCAGGUCAACCCGUUUGAGUGUGAAGAUAACUCUAACAAUCACUAAAGAAGAAAUGUUUCAAUUCAUUCAUUAACUUUUGUAACAUCUGAAUUGGAACAAUUAUCCUCUACAAUCAAAACAGAUUGAUCCAAGGUGGAAGCGAAUCAAAAUAACCUGAAAAAAAACAUGAACUACAACGUUUAUUUUAGCCAUAUAGCGGUUAUUAUGGGAAACUGGUUGACCGCAAAUUCCAAUACAACGCCGGACGCCGAAUGAUAACGAUUAUUUUGCAAUGGAAAAGGUUCUCUGAAGCUUUUGUCACACUCACAGUUUAGGAGUAGUUUAUUAAAGGACUUUUCAAAAUUAUGGAAAAUGCAUAUAUAUUUCAUUUCGCCGAGUAGUUGCUUGAAAGAACGAGUAACGUAAACAAAUGUCUCAAUUACUGACGGCGAAAAGUUUCCUUGAAAAUUUUCUUUAGGGUAUGUAGAGACAUGUGAAUAUAAAUAAUAUAUUGUUCAAUGGAUAUUAUUUUACCCUGACAAAAUCCACUUAAGAUGAUACUGAAUUUCUGUCAAUGGUGCGACUCAUUUGAAACUCUAAAUAUCGCUUUCAGAAGUUUAUAGUAAGUUUCAGUUGCUGUGGUUUCGCCGGCGGCACACUAAGUCGUCAACGUUUACCAAUAUUAGAACCUCAACACAUUCCUUUGAUGAAAAAGUUGUUCGGUGAUGAAAAUUUCGUUAACGAGACAGUAAGGUAUUAUCAAUUUUAAUUGGUCUAUUUUCCGGUCAUCUUUUCUCAAUGCUUAAUUGAUAUUAGCUUCUCGUGUCUCCAAAGUUACAUACAAAGCAGAGAUGCUGAGAGCUUCGAUUACAUGCAGGAGAAAUAACAAGUGUGCAAUUUUGUCGAAGCAACGCCUUUUUGUCUUGAAGUUCAUCGAGCGGUAAAGCCGAGGGCUCUCCGGGCCUUUUUCCGUUUAUUUACUUUCCUCUCCUCAUUAGCUCCACUUAGUGUCACUUUAAAAAAAAACCUUAGUACUCUAUGUACUCGGCAAAGCUACAAGUUAAUCGACCUAGAGGACGGCAGUAUUUGCCUUCCAAUCGUGUUGAGUACUGAGGAGCAAGACAUCAAUUUUAUCCUAAAUGAAAGACCACCCAUUGAUCCCAGUGGCAGACAAAAGUAACAGGUUUAACUAGAUCGUUUGUCAUCAUAUUCCUGCAUCUCGAAAAAGUUAGCUGAAAAAUUUUAAGUUCAAGAUUGAAGUUUUUAAUUUCGUGAGAGGCGUUUCCCUUUUUCAACGAUUAACCAUCCUUGAAAGCGGCUUUUGGUGUAAUUAUCACCUCUUUGGUUUCUUAGAUCUUCGGCAUUUUAGCAGAUUCCGAACUGUCUUAUGGUCGGAAUUUCCUGGCCGUUACAGCAGUUGUGAAAUUGGCGUUUGUGGCAACGAGAAGUGCGGGGUAAUACAUGUUAGGAAGUGAUGACCUUACUGAUGUUUGGAUAUACAUCGAGAGAUGAAUGACUCUUAAUCGUAAAUUUGGCUCCCAUUAGGCGAACGUAUUUGAGGGCUUCAGGGAAAAUCAGUCGUUAUUUGACGCGGCAGUUAUGGCGCCGUUUGCACUCCCUCGUACCAAAGUAACACACCCUCGUAAGCACGCAUCCGUUAAAUACGGAAUUUUGUCCUUAACUCUCACUCUAAAAUUUUAUCCAUAAAGCAUUUUAAAGCGUAAUAUUGGCAUUGUGGCCUUAAACCUUCAUUCACGGAUGCAAUGAAAUUGCUAUAGAACAGAAUAUUAUAGGGGCACAGCGUGCCACUGUGCACGCAACCCCAAUAACUCGGCGGAUAUACUGUGAAAACGCCUUUCCUACGCCUUGAAGACGUGCACCCGGUCGGAUCCCGCCGUCGGAAAAACUACUUAUGGACUAACAAACCCAAAUAAAAAUUUCAUCAUCUUGAAAUAAACUAAAACGUGUCCAUUAUCACCUCACCGGAUAAUUUACCGAUCGGCGAUCAUAAGUUUUUGCACUUCUUUGCUAAAGUCAUCAAGUGUGGGGUCAAUCCAACAGAUGGCAGUUUACAUUUCAAAUUGAGAAAGAGAGAUGUCGAAAUCUUUUGAAAUCUUUUAUCUCCAAUAAAAUGAAACCAGUAGUCCUGUCAGCGCUUGAUUGAGCUAAAAACUUGAUGUGAUUCUGCUUGAUAAAAAUAGUUUUUUUUUCAAGUUUUGACGCUUUGAAUCUUCUCGGCCAUCAAGCAAUUUCUUUGUAAGGUAAACAUGAUUAGCGAAUCACUGUAGACUUUCAGAAAAGUAGUUUUAAUUAACUGAGCUUGGAAGUAGUUAAGCAAACAACACACUUAAAAAAGGAGAUGUCAUUCUUCUUAAUCAUAUGUUUGAUUAGGGCCGGGGAGAUCAAAGUACAGUGGGCAACAAAUCUCUCUGAUCAUCAAUUAAAAUCAUUGUCAAGUCUCCGCAUCUCGUCGGCGAAGUGUCAGGGAAUGAAACUGUCGUUGGAACCAGGUCAGAUUGCCGAACACGCCUCGUUUCCACGACACUGAAGGGCAGAACGAACUUCAAGACAUCUACACGGAUUAACUUUGUUCCAUCGUAAAUCAUAAGGAACCACUCGUCUCAAGUAUUCUCAAGAGUGUUUGUAAAUAGUCUUGAGAUGACUUCUACGACUUGUCUCACAGCUCUCGCUCUGUUGACAAUCUCUUCCACUUUGGCAGCUUUAGCGGAAAGUGACAGGGAUAUAAACAGUUCAGAGGUAAGGAGAUAGACUUCGUUGUUUCUUGGCUAAUUUUCUAUUCGUGUUUCGUUUUACUCAGCUUUGCAGUUUGCACAUCUACUGCGCACAAAUUCGUUAUGGAAAUGACCUCAUGGGCUGAACAAACGCAGUUUUCUUGUUGUUGGAAUGACAUAUUGUUACUGCAUUUUCUCCCUCUUGCGAAAGACUUUCACAUGGCGUAAUCAUGGGUAUGUCACAACUAGCUAAUGUCAUUUCAAUUCGUUUUGCAACGAGCUUUCCAUAAAAUGCGUGCUUCGUGUGAGGCCAUUGAGACGAGAGAGCAUAGCUCAUGAAGACCAUCUUAAAUAAAGAAACCAGUAUUUUGACGGUUUCUUCUAAUUUUGGUUGAAUAUAUCAAUAAUUAGGGAAAGAGGAAAAGUUACGUUUAUUACCUUGCGUCUUCCGCUCUUUCAAAAAAUUCGACACAUAACUGUAUCAUUGGUAAUAAUACCGAAUGUUAGCCAGAUAAACCACAAAAGUGUUUAAUUACUUGCGAGCGAGCUCAAUGACUUCUCCUCGUGCGUGUCCGUUUGUAAAGCCAUAAAGAACCGAAUCAUUAGUCACAAAAAUUAGCCUGUCGGUUUGUUAUAAAUGUUUACACAGUAGAACAAAGAAUAUUCUCUUGAGACAUUAUGUUGGCGGGCGCGGUGAGCUAUUUUGGUGCAACACUCGACAACCCUUUUAUCAGGCUUUUAUGCAAUUUCUAAGUGGCCCUUAAGAUUGUCUACUGUUUAUCAACCUGAAGUGCCAUAAGCUUCCUGGCUGUCUAUUUUGGAUCAUGAUUGUCGAGCGACGAAAAUCAGUGCUUCAAGAUUCUUUAAUACACGUACUACUUUUUGCUUCAAUGUCAUGGUAUCAAUUUCUAUCUAGUAGUCAGUUUUCUUUGGGGAGAAUGCAAUACAUCAAAAUUUAUAAGAUAGAGAUAAUUAUCUCUAAUCAUAGUUCGAAAUUAAUUUUUCAUGUAUCUUAUCUGAUCCUUCAAAGCUUUCCAUUACGGUUGAAUCGAUUUUCGUACAGUAUCACGCGUCAAUGGACUCCGCUAGCGUACUUGACAUACUUCUCAUACCUCCAAAAUCGUUAAAUCAAUCGAUGCGCCCAUUGGUUUACCGUCUGGAGAGUUCAAUUUUUCUUUGUGGUCAAAGAAGACAAAACAAAACUCUAUCGAAGAAUUUCGACAACUGUACUCACCACAACCCUUAUAAAAUCGUCACUGGUGCUGUUUUUUUUUCUUUGUGUGUGUGUGGAUGGGGGGUGGGGGGUGGGGUGGGGGAUGAUUGAACAAAUAAGGAGAAAUUCGGACAAAUUUAAAAUAUUUUCAAAUCAUUAGUUGUUUAUGACUUAGACACUUGUUUUUUUUUAUUUAGAUUUUUUAAUUUAAAGAAAAGUUAAAUGGAAAUCAGGCAAAUUGUUGUUACCUCCUUAAUUUUACUUUUGCAAUUGUUUCAUGUUUUAGUUCAUCUUUAGGGAAACAUCUAGUGCUGUUACAAAUGGUCUUCAAAGAUAUGAACUAUCCUGUUAACUCAAAAUGAUUAUACUAAAGGUCGGAAGCGAGCAUCAACUUUGCGAAAGAAAAAAUUAAGACAGGUACCGUUGACUCUCGAUGACUCGGAUCUUCAAGGGAAAUUGAAAAUGGCACGAGUCUUCAGGAGAUGAGAACAACUGACCGGAAAUAAGGAAAUAAAACGGCGGUCGCUGUGCACUUUAAUCAAAUGUCAUUGCCGCGUAGAGGAGUCGGGUGGAAAAGGAAAUUUUUUAAAGAGCUUUAUGAAAAUGCACUGUCGUUGAAAUGUAUCCAAGGGCAAGGAAACUUCAACUAAAAUGACAGUCGUUUCAUGACGGUCGGAAAAAGCGAGUUCUAAUCAGUAAUCCAACUAAAUCCUAUAGCGCUAUUUCUCACCCCGCAAAAGGGCCGACAAAAAAUAGAGUUCAACGAAGUGGUUUCCCUUCGAUUCGAUUACUGUUCCGGAGUUAUUUACUGAGCCUUUGGUCGAAAAUUUUUGCACCUUCUUAGUUUGCGGCACUUUUUUUCUGGUCGGAACCUUCUAUUUUGACUCUGAGAUAAUUCACAAAAUCUUUAAAUGGUUAAAGUUGUAAAAGCUCCAUGCUACCCGAUAUUUUCGUUUUUUAUUUCAAUCAAUCGUCUUUUUCCACAACAUUUUAUUGUGGAAGUUGAUUGGCAGCCUUUUUCAGCGGUCGAUGUUCCUUCUAAAAUUGUGGCGUUCUCAUUUCGGUACCAGGAACACAUGAUUAUCCAUCCUGAUACAAUGAUGGUGUGAUUCGCCCAAAGGAACCAAAAUCAUUCAGUGAAACCCGAAAGGGUUACUAUUUGUAAUGAAAUUCAAAGAAUGUUUACUCAAAAUCGAUAAUGGAAGUCAUGGCUAGUUUACAAAACGAAAACCAAAAGAAUAUGUCAUAAUUUUUGGUGGAGCUUUCCAAAAGGGUGGCGCACUUGACUCUUUAUGUAUUCUGAGACCAGACACUUUAUCUCACGUUGUCUCCCUCCAUCAAGGAAUACAGAUGAAUGUCAGGGAAUUGUAAGGGGUAACAAACGAAAUAUCCAAGUCAAAGUAGCAUGCUAUGGAUAAGCAUCCCAUCCAGGAGAGUUGAAUGCGUCUCGCGAGUUAUGUCGAUAAAACAGGGGACCCUAUCUUCCAAGUAGUUUUUAAAAACAGUUCGUUAGUCAGUGGUAGGUGGAACUGAGUGUCUGAUAUGUGGUACCCUCUUGAAGUUUUGUUCAACGAAUAAUUGCAACUCUUAACUCAACUUUCCACCUGGCUUUUGACGAAACCGUAGCACGAGAAACAAGUGAGGGUAGGCUUCAAGUCCCUUCGAUCAAAUCAACGGUAUGAAAGCCUGUAGAAUGUUGUCAAAUCGUUGCCUGAACAGUGUUACUAUUGUAUCUUUUCACAGGAAAGAAAUGAUAUCACGGAACCCGGUUCGACGAAAAAGAAGACCCCAAAAUGCAGAGAAGACCGAGAUUGUCAAAAAGGCGAGGUAUGCCACACAUUUUUAAAUGUUUGCUUUGUUAUGCCUCAAGAGAAAAGCAGAAUGAAACUGAAGGUGGAAAAAAAGCCAACCAUCCCUUGCAAAAGUGACAAAGACUGCGGCAAAAGUCAGUCUUGUCACGCCCUUUUUGGAUGUGUGGAUAAUCCUCAUAUUCCUGCGACAGUCACGACUGCACCCCAGAUAAGGGUACCCAAGUGCAAAAACAGUACUGAGUGCCCUGAUGGCCAAUAUUGCCACGACUUCUUCAACUUGUGCCUACCAAACCUCACAAUAUUCUUCGAAACAACGGCUUCUCCACCACGUGCUGGUUGCAAAAGUGACUCAGACUGUGAAAACCAGGGAGAUUUCUGCCAUAACUUGACCAGAUUAUGCCUGCCACUGCCUACAACUGCCGUAACCUCCCCUCCUCGAAAAAGUGCAUAUGCCUGUAAUUCCCAUGCAGAUUGCAAAAUGACCGAGUUCUGUCAUUUUCUCAUCGGAAUGCGGAGUCGAGAUAAAUCCAGAGGCUUUGGACCAAACAAUAACUUGAAGUCUGCCCUCGGGGUAUGCAUUGCCCGAGCUUUAAAGGAUGUUCCUGAGGACCCAAGUCCAUUCUCUUCAAAUUGCAGUCAUGCUGCAGAUUGCGGAAAGGGAAGGUGUUGCUUAAAGGAUUUAGGGUUAUGCGUGGGCUACCGCUUGCCUGGAGAGCUUUGUGUUGCAGAGGUAAGUCCAGAGAUUGGCGUCAUUAAUUCUUUUUUGGCGUUUUCAGGAAAACGAUUCUACGCUUGACUUAUAUGGCCAUUCUAUUUAACAUCUUGCCUAAAUAUUUCAAAUGCGUUUUACAAUACGUUUUACUCACUUUUGGUCCUUUUCUGUGAAAUGAUGUCCUACCAAUCUGCCGCAGGAAGAGGCUAUCCUUUUCUUUUUGAGUUGAAAUCAACAAGUUUCAACCGCUUGGAAAUCGAAAACUGAACAGAAAGUUUGGUCUGGCACCUUUUUUCUCCAAAUAGCUCUGUGCCUCUUAGAUUUCUGGGAAUUUUUAAUUGUCAGAACUUUUCUUGACGUUUGUUUCCCUCCAGGACGUAUCAUUCGCCUUUUCCUGCCCAUGCCUACAAGGUUUCACCUGCAUCAGUAGGAGACGUCCCAUGCGACUCAGGAGACUGGAGAGAAAGCUUAAACUGCCCAAAGAAGUAGUGAAGAAGCUGAGCUUACAGUUUGAUAAAACAAAUGAAUUUAGGGUUGGCAAAUGUCAGCUUAUUUCUGAUUGAGAUGUGGAAGCUCUCACUAACGCCGAACAUGAGCCAGUGCAAGAUCACAUUUUCCAAGUAACAAUGGUGGUUCCGUUAGAUAGCUUUACACCCGACCAUUAUAAACUGAAAAGAGAGAUCGCUUGUGAAAGAUGCUUAUCUGGCAUGCACAGACUAUUGUAAAAUAUACAACAAGUUAUGAAAGUUUACAGGAGCUUCAUUGCCAGUAUGCGUAUUGUACAAAACGGAUUGCCCGCUAAUUUUUCUGUAAAUAACCGAGGUCUUACUAUUAUGGCCCAGACAAUUAAAGGGAAGCAUGUGAAACAUGGCCAGAUAAUGUUAAUUCGUCCGUUUGCGUCUUUCUGCAAAUCUGUCACUCUUCAGCUCAAUCUCAUUUUCCUAAUUGCCAUUUCUUAUGGUGAUCUAUAUACUAUCUUCAGCAUACCAUUCAAUGAGUUUCGAUGUCAUGUAUAGGUGACAUCAAGCAUGACAUAAUAAGUUUCCCUUUUGUCUUCACUGUUUAUUCAUAGAAGUAGAGAUGUAGCGAAUGGAAAUUAUAUUCUGAUUAUUCUCAAGAAUUAGUCAGUUAAUUAACUCAUAAUUAAAUAUAGAUUUUGAUGAAAAAUACAUCGGCCCAAAGAGAUGUGGUGUUAGGGGAACACGAAGUGAUGUAAGGAUGUAAGUAGAAAUUGGUUAGUUUUGUGGGCAAGAAAUUGUCUCAAAUAGGCAGUCGAAAAGAAAGAGAUCUUGGCCGAUGGAUGGACUUUAAUAAUUAAUAGAUCUUAGACUGGAGAAAAGCAUCAAUUAAUCUUAGAUGCGAAUAAACGAUUUCGCUGUACAGGUU